GAUAAUUUUGCUCAGAAGACACGCGAAAGUACCAGACUCAUCUUUGUUCCUCCUAUAUAUACCUUGCUCAUCUCCACCAAUCUCAUCGUGAAAAAUCGCUCAAAGCUUUUCUAUCAAAUCACAAAUCUUCUGCAAAUUUUCAUCCCAAUCUCUCAAUUUAAGCAUACCCAUCAAAUAUGGCCCUUAUUCCGAGCAUUUUCGGUGGUCGCCGGAGCAACGUGUUCGACCCAUUCUCUCUCGACAUUUGGGAUCCAUUUGAGGGCUUUCCCUUCUCGACCACUCUCUCUAACUUUCCCUCUUCAGCUCGUGAGACCUCUGCGUUUGCUAACACUCGCAUUGAUUGGAAGGAGACGCCGGAGGCUCACAUUUUCAACGCCGAUUUGCCGGGACUGAAGAAGGAAGAGGUGAAAGUGGAGGUGGAAGAGGGGAGAGUUUUACAGAUUAGCGGAGAGAGAAACAAAGAGCAGGAGGAGAAGAACGAUAAGUGGCACCGCGUGGAGAGGAGCAGUGGAAAGUUCCUCCGGCGGUUCAGGUUGCCGGAGAGUGCAAAGGUGGAUCAGAUCAAGGCUAGUAUGGAGAAUGGUGUGCUUACUGUGACAGUUCCAAAAGAGCCCGAGAAGAAACCAGACGUUAAGGCCAUUGACAUCUCAGGCUAA